GUUAUCCGGACAUCGAGCUACCUCCCGCGCGCAACUGCUGACACACUACGCAGCUAAUCCGCAGCGAUACAUAGCUUGCGCAGGAGUUCAGAAGCUUUGCGCACCUCUGCGCAACACCUGACACGAAGCGCGCAGGACACCAUGUCCACGCUAGAGACCAUGUCGGAGAAACCAAGUGUUGAUGUGACCUUUACGGAGCAAAGCUUGCACGUGCAGCUCACCCUGCAUAAGGCUGGGACAGUAUGGCUAGAUUGCGUUGAACCGCAGAGCGCGGCGCACGGACGCGUCAAUGUGGGCACAUCGCUGGUUGCGGUCAACGGCGCACGGAUGGGGAAGCUAUUUGGCCGGCAGGCCUGGGUUACCUUCUGUGAGCGUAUCAGAAAUAUGCAACGACCGAUGACACUCACAUUCUCCUACUACCCCAUUUCUGACGUGUCCUCUAGUCCAUACUCGUCAGUGGUUGACGACGAGUCCACCUAUCGCCAAACUCCCUCCUUUUGGGCUACGGACCAUUCCCUUGCCCCUGUUAGUUCCUCAUCCUCUUGAUGUUAUCCCCAUCCUCUCCCUAGACCCGCGUGAAAAAUAAAAAAUAAGUAACUUUCUAACCGUUCU